CUGCACAAAUGUGUACUCGAAUUUAUAAAUAAAUUGACCCUGUGUUGAACCGCAUUAUCACUAAAGGAAGUAACGAGUGUCAGUAAGAAGAUUAAGUAAUAAAUGUGUAUUCAGCCAAACAUAUUUGACCGAACCCGCCGAAAUAGCUGCCACCUAAGUGCAGUCAGUGGCUCCAUGAAUUCUACUCAUUGGACGAAACAUGAAUAGAAGCCAAUAUGGCGUCAAAAUAACGUGUAAAUACCCAAAAAAUGUUCAGUUUUACAUAUCCAUAACUUUUGAACUAGUGGAUUCCGCAACUUAAAAUUUACAUUUUCAGAUUCCAUACAUCAAAAACUACAAGAUUGCAAAUAAAAAAGUCAAUAACUUUUGAACCCUUAAAGUACAGUUCAGUCCCAAUUCUAAAUAUGAAACAAUAAACAUGUACAUUUGCGUAAUAUGUGAAAUUCUAUAAAUUAAUGUAUAUUGUUUUAUUGUAACUGAAUUAUAAAAAUAUUUUAAUGCAUUUAAAAAAUGACGGAAAUAAAUUGGAUUGCCAAACCUAUGAAUUACAAAACAAUACAGUUUGCAACUUUAGAAGAAGUAAGUGACCAUCCCUUAAAACCUGUCACGGUGAUGUUAAUUGAUGGUCGCAGUGGGAUAAAGCGUAAUGUGUUACGAAGUACCAGUACUGGUUCUUCAACUGCUACAUCAACACCAACUCAUACACCUAUUCCAGGAAGUUCUUUAGUAGAUCCAUUAUUAAGUCAUUGUUCCUUUGAUGGUUCAGAUCCUCUUUCACAAUUUGCUAAAGAAGAACUAGACCCAUUAUCUAAGAUGGCUGCAGAUGAGUGGGAUUACUCUUGUAAUACAGUAGUCACUAAUAAAAAAUCUAUGGAUACUGCAGAAGAAUUAGUAGAACCAUGGUUAGCAAGACGUACUACAAUAUUAAACAAAUACACAACAUCAGAAAAAUUGUCAAUAGUUACUAGUUUCUUACCAGGUGGUGAAAAAGUUAUUGUUAAAGUUCAACCAAGUGGUGGAGUUGUUGAUAAAGUACGAACAAGAUUGGAACAGUUAGAUGAUUUUGAAGAAGGAUCUGUCAGACAAAUGUUAGAUUUAUCUCAACAACAAUAUACUGCGAGAGUCGAACAAUUAAAUAAUGAACUUGUACAAGCCUGGCAUUCUGAUCAAAGGGUUAAAGCACUUAAAAUAGCAAUUCAGUGUGCGAAGUUAUUAGUAGAUACAUCUGUUAUGGCUUUUUAUCCUGGCAAGUUUGUUCUUAUCACAGAUAUUUUAGAUAUUUUUGGGAAACUGGUUUAUGAAAGAUUAAAGGUUAAAGCUGAAUAUUACAAACCAGGAAAUAAAAUGCCCACAAGUUUACCUGAUAAUUUCACACCAGAUAUGGUACCUGAAAAUGCGAAAGAAACUUGUAGAAAUUGGUUUUACAAAAUAGCAUCGAUAAGAGAACUAGUUCCACGUCUUUAUGUUGAAAUGGCAAUAAUAAAGUCUUAUAGCUUUUUAACAACAAGUGAAUUUAACACUGCUUUACUGCGAAUAACGCGAAUGAUAAGAGGUAUCGGAAAUCCUCUCAUAGCUGUAUAUGCUAGAUGUUAUUUAUGCCGAGUGGGAUUAGCUUUAAAUAAAACGUCUGAUUUUGAGUUUGUGAGGGAGAACUUUUAUGAUUUCCUCUUUACAUACCAACAGCUGUUUGGGCAAUUUGUGAAAACUGAAUUAAUUGAGCAAAAUAUGACUUUAUAUUCUUAUUUAAACCUUUACCUACCAGCUUUGGAUUGGAUUUUGCAAGUAUUGGUAGCUACAACCUCUGAAAAUUUUUUAGAAGAUGUACUUUCUCGGUGUAAAAGCCAAGCAAAUAGUUCAUUAUUAUUGAACAGUAUUUUGACAGCAUUUAAACCUACAUAUAUUGGAGAGCGUGCAAUGGAUUUUGUAAAUUUAAUAACUACAAUCGAGGAUGAUGGUUUUCCACAGUAUCUGUUAUACCGAAGUUUAGGUGAAAGCCUUGUAUUAGAAUCACCACCAAAAGAAGACUGUCAAUCAAUUCUUAAUAUGGUAUGGAAAUAUAUAACAGAGUUAACAAAUCCUAACAAAUUUAUGCACUGCGUUGAAAUUUGGAUUCAAUUUACCGCUAUUCAUUUUUCCGUAAAUGAAUUGAAUUUGUUCUUUGGAAAAAUAAUUGAUCGACUUAAUCCAAACAAAAGCUUUGAACAUUUUUAUCCACAGUUACAAAAUAUUAUUGAAAAAGUAAUAUCUCAUACACAAGAUUUUGAAUCAUUACUUGCUAUGGAUAAUUUCUUACCUCUAAUAGAUUUGUUUCACAAAGAAAGUAUUAAAGUUGAAGUGUGUAAAACUGUUAUGGAAGGUAUAAGUGUUCAAUCCAGCCCUAUUACUGAUCCUAUUUUUAUAAAUGCUCUUAUGUUCAUUGCUAGGAUAAUGCAUGAUUCUGUUAGUGCUCUAACUGUUGAAGAUGAAAAACGGCAAAUUGGUCAACUUAUAUGUGGUUUAGUUCAACGUGUUGAUUAUGGUCGUGACUUUGAAAAGCAACUUAAUUUUUAUGCCGAAGCUAGAGCUGCUUUUCCUAAUCUUGAUAGUGUUCAUACACAACUUGUACAGUGUGUAAAUAGACUAUCAGUCGAUACUCGAAGGAUCGUUCGUGGACAUCACACAAGAAGAACGUCGGCGUUUGUACGCGCUUGUGCCGCGUUUUGUUUUAUUACUAUUCCAUCAUUAACUUUAGUUCAUACACGGCUGCAAUUAUAUUUACUUUCAGGCCAAGUUGCACUCUUAAAUCAAUGCUUGGGUCAAGCUGAUGCAUGUUUUAAGGCUGCAUUAAGCUUAGUUCCGGAAAUGCCCAAAACAAUAGAUAUAGAUGGAAGACAAAAAAGUUCACAACCUUAUUUACUUUCAUAUUUAUCAAACUUUUUAUCGACGUUGCUUGUUGUUCCGGAUAGUCCAGAGCAUGGUGUUUUAUAUUUAAUGCGAGGUUUACUUAAUGCUGUUCAACGGUGUUUUGAUGAAAAUACGUCAAUGAAGACAUACUUGUAUUUACGGGUGCUUGACUUAUUGUCAGCAAUCGUUCAAGAAAACUAUCCAUAUCAUGUUGAAAAGGUUGAUUCUAAUGAUAAAUUAUAUGGAUCUGAUCAAAAAUUUAUAAGCGAAGUGAACAAAAUAAGUUCGAAAAUUGUAGAAGAAAUUUUAUCACAUUUGAAGUAUCUUGGCUCUACCGAUCAAUUGGAAAAGCAAGUAGCUCUUGCAUUGGAACUUUUUAAUUGCUUUAUUAUUAGAGCCGAUUUGCGCGAUCCACAAUUAGCGCACAUGGCUGUAAAUUUAUGGAAUUUAUGUGUUCGGCAUGGUUCGAUAGAUUCAAAAGUGAAGUAUUUUUACAGAUGAAGAUGAUAGCGUAUAUAGUACAAAAAGGUCAUCACAAAGGAUACGAACAUUUUGGGGACAUUUUAAGAAAAAUGUUAAAAUAGAUAAUAGAUUAAAUGUAAUAAGUAAUUUAUCAAGGAUUAAACUUAUAUGUAAAUUGACGGAAAGCAUAAAUAGAUAUAUGCCGAAGAAUGGAUUAAA